UUUUAUUCACUCAACUUCUCAAUUAUAGCCACUGGUGUUGUUAUUUCCUUACAUUAAGUUUCUCUUUGAUAAAUACGGAAUUAUUUUUGUUUUAGAUAUCUGACAAUAAAACGUUCCCAGAGAACUUUUUUUUUUUUUAUAUAUCUGUCAUCAUUAUGUGCUCUUAUUAUGGUGAGCUUGUCAAACACGCUGGAAUAAAACACUUCAAAGAUGUAAAAGAUCUAUUCGUAUUAAAUGAGUUAAAACUGUUCAAAUAAAUUUGAAUACACGAGAUAAAAAAAAUGAUAAAACAUGACCUCGAUCUUAUGUAAUGGCAGCGACAUCUCGCAGCUCUAUUUAUAUCUUCUGAUCCCUGCAAAUCCGCUUUCACUGCAGGAGACAUUCAGAGAUAAUCAAACAUAUUUAAACAGAGGCAUUCAAUUAUAUAUAUUUAAACAAAUAUUUAACUAAACAUAUUAAACUAGAGACAAUCUGAGCUAUUUAAUCAGAGUCAUUGGAACUAGAGACAUUCAAGCAGAGAUAUUUAACCAAAAAUAUUUUGCAAGAAAUAUUGAACGAGAAAUACUAAACCAGAGAUAUUUAACUAGACAUUUUUACAUUUAUUUAUUCGAUAUAUUAUGUUGUGUUUGUGGUUUAUUUAGUUUAAAACAAAAUGACAUUUUAAAACAUGUAAUAUGUCAAAUGAGAGUAGAACGUGAAAAGUGGUGAAAGGUGUAGUUCCGGUUCCGGACUGAGCGGCAGCAGAGGCGCGUGACGCCGUCAGUCCACCGGAAGUGAAAGAAGAAGAAGAAGCAGCCGAACCCAAACAAACGCUCCAUGUGGACGGACUACAGCGAAGCGUAACACUGCACAUUUAAAUCACAUUUACAUUGUGGAGCAGAGAUGGACGAAGAACACACGGCCGGCUACAAGGAGCCCUGUGCUGUGUGCGCCGCGGUGGAUUGGGGCAUUUCAGACGAAGGUCGUUUCUACUGCAGGUCCUGUCACAAUGUCAUCGAGAGAACCAAAGAGGUGGUGGACCCCAACUUCAAUCCCGGCAACAGCAGGGUCACGGCCAUGGGCAGAGGAUCCAGAACCAAGAGGCCCGAGCGCGGCCGGCAGUGGGUUCUCUGUGAGGGCUUCCAGUUCAUCCUGAGGAGCCAGGCCGACGCCCUCGUCCGACUGGGGGUCAGCCCCCGCUUCAAGGACGAGGUUCUGUGUGAGCUGUGGAGAAGCUUCCUGCAGAAGAGCCGCCAGGCGUACGCCAGCAACCCCGUGAGGCCGACCAGUGUGGGAGGGCCGGGGUCGGACGUCGACUCGGACGGCGCCGCCGAGUCCACCGCGAAUUCCAGCGAGACGGACGGAGACAGCUGCAAUCAAUCAAUCGCAGGGAGCUCCAGCAAUUGGUCGGAGUUUUCGGGCUCUUUGGACGCUGUCAGCUACCUGUCGGGUUCCAUGAGGACGAGCCGACAGAGUCUGCUGAGCAUGAAGAGGACUCUGGCUCUGAUCCACGUGGCGCUGGUCUGGAGCCGAGAGCCGCUGACCCUCAGCGACCUGCUCAGGCUGGUGAAUGACGGUCACGUCCCGUACGUCAACGCUCACCAGGAACUUCCUGAUGAGAUGAAGCUGCGAGGCAAAGACGCUCUUCUCUUCAGAGUGCAGAGCAUCCCUUCCCACCGGGUGGUGCAUCGUGAUGCUCAGGCGCUCAUCCUGCUCUUGCAGCUUCCUGUUUUUCCUCCAAUCAGCCGGCAGAGUCUGCUGCACCCGUCUCUGCUCAGCCUGCGCUACCUGAUGGACGCCAACCUGCCCGACGAGCUCCACCCGUGGGUCUGCCGGCUGAUGGAGCGCGCCGGUAUGGCGGAUCAAACGCUCUACACCUUCCACCUGGAGGGUUGCCCCUCCCUGCCGCGGUACGACGUGCAGACCGCCGCCCUCAUCAUCGUCACCAUGAAGCUGCUCUUCGGCCUGGACGACCGCACCGAGUGGGAGUUAUCCCAUCAGGCAUGUGACCAGGACGCCACAGGGACCAUGUUCAGCCUGAGGAGGUGGUUCCGGGUGGUGCAGGCCGCUCUGACCCGAGCUCAGCAGAGGAGAAACCAGGAGGUCGCCGGGAAGCAGUGGGCGGCUCAGAAGCUUCUUCACCCCGACAGCCAGAAGACGAGUGUUGUGCUGAAGACUAAAAGGGUAACAGAGCAGGUCCAGGUCUGCUUUGAGAAGCUGUCGGGUCGUCCGGUCUCGGCCCGGCGGGGCGACCCGUCCAGCUUCAGGUUCUUCUGGGGUGACGGGGACUCUGCAGAUGGACCCAGUCUGCACCAGAAGAAGCUGGACGGAGUCUUGACCCUGAAGGACGGCGUCCCGACUCCCUCCAACUCCACCUACUGGCAUCCGGCUCUCAGCGCUUCGCAGAUGUGCUCCCGGCUCUACUCCGACGUGGAGGCCACGCUGCCCCGGACCUUCGUCUGGCUGCUGCAGCUCUUCUGCUUCCUGCUGGACGUGAGGCCGGCGUACCUGUUCCAGGAGGUGCUGAAGGUGGAGACCAGGGUCGUCAACGGCAACAGCAGGAAGAGGAGCAGGAAGACCAAGACCAAGACCUGAGCUCAGAGAGGAAACAAUUCUGACUAUAUUAUUUAUAUUGACGGUCAUGUGCAGCUGUUUUACAAUCAACAUUUAAAUGUUUUUUUUCACCAAUAAAACGUGACUCAUUGAACUAUAACUAAUCCUGA